AGAGACUUGUAUGAAACAAAUCUUAUUACGCGCGUUAAUCAAGUAUGACGAAAAUUAACCAGGGCUUCGACCAGACGACAACAACCAAGUAUGAUUACUGCUGUGGCAGCGCGUUCCGGAAACGCUUCAAACGGGGUGUUAGUAAAAAAGUUGAUUGGAUUAAUCGUCGUUAUAGUUGUUUGUGUGGCAGUUGUUGUUAUUGUUUUAAAAGUCUUCAAAACGUUUGAUGACUCCUCUAGCGACUCCAAAAAGGAGAAAACACAUGUUGGAGUUCGUGUAUUAACGAACCAGGGUGGCGUAGGUAAUUUUGGACCAUCCAUACUCAAAUACGAAGGCAUUCUAAAGUACGAGGUCAAAGUCUCCCCUCAACAUCCGGGCAUUCAACUUUGGACUAUUCCUGUUUCCGGUCUCUGGUCCAUCGAAGCUAGAGGGGCUUCUGGGGCUGAUGGGAUAUUAGCCGGAAGUUCGGGUAACCGUAAGCGCGGAGGAUACGGAGCCAUUGUGAAAGGAAAGUUCCAACUACAUAAAGGAAGAAUCCUAAAGAUUUUGGUCGGCAAUGAAGGGUCCCGUGACUAUCUUGUUCCUCACCGUCCUGGGGGAGGAGGGGGUGGUACCUUUGUCGUGUACGAAGAUGGUAAACCGCUGCUUGUAGCUGGUGGUGGGGGUGGCGGUGGAAUACCAAAAGCUUCUCGGCAGACAGAUGGAGAAGGUGGCAGGUCCAAUGAUGAGCCAUCUUCCGAUGUCAGCGGCAGCGAGGGCGAUGGCGGAAAACUCUUGGACACUAGCGACGGCAGCGAGACAGUCAUCGACAAAUCUACUGGCCAUCACAAAGUGAUCGCGGGUGCAGGGGGAGGCAUGUACAGCGCUGGAGUCGGCUUCAAAGAAGGCUGGGGUGGAGAAAGCUUAGUUGGUGGAGGAAAUGGCGGAGAGGCAAACAUACUGUACGAUGAGUUCCCUCAUGGCAAGAGGGGUCGAGGAGGUUUUGGUGGGGGAGGGGCUGCCGGUUUGUUGCCCGGUGGUGGGGGAGGGUAUUCGGGAGGUGGUGUCAAAGGGUGUUGGUUAAAGUGUGACGGUAAGAAUGGUGGCACUGCGGAAGGAGGAAGUUCGUACAACUCCGGGAUCUCACCGUCUAAUAAGGCAAACAAGAACAAGGGUGCUGGCAGAGUUUAUAUAAGGCUCAUGGCGGAGGAAGUUGAGGAAGAUUAAUCUGCUAAAAAUAGUCAUUUCCCCUUUCCUGGAUUUGAUUUAUGAUAAAUGAUCAGACUGCUCAUGCAAUAAAUCCUUUUUUUGGUUUUUGAAUUUCCACCAACGACUUGGACGUGUUGUAGCAAGGUGCAAUGUCACUAGUUUUUCAACAACACUCUGCAUAUUCGACGAA